AUGUCUACUGUCCAACAGCAGCGCGAGACGAUGGCGGCCCUCGAAGCCGAGGGCAUCCAAUACAUUGGCCAGUGCCCUCCUCACCUCGGCGAAACAUACAUCGAUAUUCCUCUGCCCGGCGGCGGGACGAAUCGUACCAUGGUCAUGUGGCCAAAGGCAUCGCCGGGAUCCAAACCUUUAGAUCAGUGCCCGUUGAUCGUGCACUUCCACGGUGGCGGCUUUGCCACAUGCAGUCCCGGCCUCAUGGGUGCGCCUGCACGGGGCAUCGCCGCCAUGCUGUCGGCGGUCGUCGCCUGCCCCUCGCUCAACCAGCUUCCUGAGCAGCCCUUUCCGGCACCGAUCGAAGCCGCUUGGGAAGUCUGUGCAUGGCUGUCUCACACAACCAAUCUCAACGGCGGAGUGCUGAAGCACGAAAGCACCCGCGUCGAUACCAACCGUGGUUUCAUCGUGGGGGGGUUGUCCGCGGGCGGUACGGCCGCUGCAGUCAUUGCUGGCAUCACGGGAGCCGCUUCGGCCAACAUGACGGAGUUUGCACAUCUGUCACCCUUCCGGAGCCCCAUCACCGGCCUUUUUGUCGGUAUCCCGGUGACUGUUACGGAGGACAUGAUCCCAGAGAAGUAUCGGUCUGACCUCAAGUCAAGGAUUGAGAACACUCAGAACGGCGGUAUGGACCUGGAAAUGAUUCGAGAGAUGGAGAGGAUGGUCAACCUCGUACACACGCCGUGGUUCUCGCCGCUCAACCUGGAUGUUUCUGACCCAAGGACGACAAAGGACCAUCCGGGAAAGGUGUUUAUCUACUGCUGCUCUCUCGAUGCGUUUCGCGACGAUGCUAUCAUCUACCAAAAGUGGCUAUCUGAGCACGUGAAACAUGUUGAGUCCAGGUUGGUGUUGAUGGAAGGCGAGAACCACAUAGGGUGGGUGUCACCUCCGUGGCCGCAGAGCCAUUCUCGCAAGAUGAAGGAGAUGACACUGGACGGUAUGGCUUGGCUGCUCGGUGCGGAUUGGGAUAGAACAAAACCGCUGCCUAUUUAA